AGACCUCCCCGCCUCGUAGACGAUCUUCGCCGUUAGCUGGUGUCAACACCAGGAGCUGAGCAUCGUAACCAGCGGGACUGAGCUGCUGCGAACAGCCGACGGACGUGUGUGUUGUGUGGGGAGCGGAGCGAAGCACCAGCCGGUGUGCAUCCAGGAGUGACAGCAGCCCUGCGUGUGUGUCGUGCACAUGGAGUGACAGACCCCAUUCAUGGAAUCCCAGAGGAAGAGCUCCGGGGACGAUGAUGGAGGAGAGCGAGGCCUGCUCCACACCUGGAAGGGCUACUCCUGCAGCGUCACCCCAGAGAGGAUGCUUCUACCCCGGCCUGUCCUCCAGGUCGCACUGGGCAUACGACAUGGAGUUCUGUUGGUGGAAGGAGGACAGGUGUACAGUUUUGGGGAGCUGCCAUGGAAGCAGAGUCAAGUCCCUGGAGGACCCACCCAGGAAUGUGCUCUAAGCGGGCAGCGUGUGGUCGCCGUUGCAGCUGGCAGUUUCCACAGCGGGGCAGUGACGGAGGAUGGCGGCGUCCACAUGUGGGGGGACAAUGGGGCAGGACAGUGUGGCCUGUCGGGGCUCAGUGCCGUCCCCAACCCGACUCCGGUGGCUCUGGUGGACUCGGACACUGUUCCCCCGCAGACGGUGCCUGUGCUGGAGUUGGCCUGUGGGGAACAGCACACCCUGGCGCUGUCGGUCAAGCGGGAGGUGUGGGCAUGGGGCAGCGGUUGCCAGCUGGGCCUCAAUGUGGCCACCUUUCCUGUGUGGAAACCACAAAAGGUUGAACACUUAGCAGGGAGGUAUGUACUUCAGGUGGCCUGCGGGGCUUUGCACAGCCUGGCCCUGGUGCGCUGCCUGGGAUCUCAGGAUGUCCAACGGCCCCCCGUGGACAAAUGCAGACAUUGUAACCAGCUGCUGUACACCAUGACGGACAAAGAGGACCACGUCAUCAUCUCUGACGGUCACUACUGCCCCCCUGGCGCGGAGCUGACUAAGGAUGAGAGGAAGCUGGAGGCGCCCGCCCACGGACUCAAAACAUCUCCAUCUGAGCCCGUCCUCUCCUCUCAUACAUCCACCUCACACUCUGAUUCCCCAGCACCUCAGACAAGUGCUGACCCCUCCUCUGACUCUGCCCCCGUCCAGGACCUGGAGAAAGAGAAUACAGCAUUGGCUAACGGAGUGCUGCCUUGCUCAGACUCUGACCCCACUGCUCAGUCUGAAGGCGGCAGUGGUGCUGUAUCAGUGGUCAAGAGUUCACUCUAUCCAGAUGAGCAGGCUGUCAAAGACUACUUGAAGAAGCUGACAGACAACACACAGACAGAAGCGAAGACAGGAGGACUGCACAGUCUGCUUCCUUCAGCCGUGGGCCUCGCCUCCAGCCCGAGCGCCACACUCAACACCCUGGUGGCCUCUUGCGCCUCUGCUGUGGGCGAGCGGGUCGCCUCCACCUACGAGGCCUUGUCCCUCAAAAAGAUGAUGAACUACCUGCCCUCUGGGGUGUCUCGGUCAGGCGCGCCCACUGGGCUUACCGGCACGGCCCCAGGAGUCGGCGACAAUACCACAGAGCGUGUCCGCCAGGAGGACUCCAUGCAGGGCAAGAAGAGCUCCAGCACAGGAGACAUCCGCGAGGAGGAGGCCGAGAGUAUGCGGCGCCGCCUCUCACUCCCAGGACUCCUCUCACAGGGUAGAUACGCUGUUCACCUCUUAUCAUCCUCCUAUGCCCUGCUGC